AUAAUCGUUCAAAUUCAAUUAGCCAUAUUGAAUUUUGAUACGAUUUUCAAAUCACUAAAGGAUUAAUUGAAAUACAAAACAAAAAGAACUCAAGGAUUAUUUUUGUUUUAAAGCUUCAUAAAAAAUUGGAUUAAAUUUGUGCUCAAAAAUGAGGAGCGCAUUUAUUUUAUUGACGCUGUGCGUCAUUGGUAUUUAUGCCGAAUCAAACGAUGAAUUCCUUGUGAGAAAAAUUCGUGAAUCCUUUGAAGGUUACAGUUACCCACCACCUGACCAGCCAUUCACUUAUCCACCUCCCGUAUUCAGCACUCGUGCUCCAGUAACUACUACACGCAAGUUUGUUCCUCCAACAUACUUGCCACCCACAAAUAAACCACAAACACCAGCUACAACUCGUGCUACACCAAGACCCACUACCCGGGCUCCAGUAACCACACCCAAACCCACUACUCGUGUGCCAGCUACUUAUUUGCCACCCACAAAUAAGCCACAAACUCCUGCCACUACUAAGGCCACACCAAGACCCACUACCCGUGCUCCAGUUACUACACCCAGACCCACAACACGUGUGCCUGCUACUUAUCUACCUCCUACCAAUAAGCCACAAACUCCAGCUACUACUCGUGCUACCCAAAAGCCUACUACUCGUGCCACUCAAAAGCCUACAACACGCGCUACACCUAAACCAACUACUCGCGCUCCAGUUACCACACCUAAGCCUUUUGUGCCAUCAACUUACUUGCCACCCACCAAUAAACCACAAACUCCUGCUACAACACGCGCUACCCCUAAGCCCACAACUCGUGCUCCAGUGACAACACGUGCCACACCUAAACCAACUACUCGCGCUCCUGUAACUACACCCAAACCUUUCGUACCAUCAACUUAUUUGCCACCCACCAACAAACCUCAAACUCCAGCCACUACUCGCGCUACCCCUAGGCCAACAACUCGUGCUCCAGUAACCACUCGUGCCACUCAAAAGCCUACAACACGCGCUACUCCUAAACCAACUACUCGCGCUCCAGUAACCACUCCUAAGCCUUUCGUGCCAUCAACUUACUUGCCACCCACCAACAAACCACAAACUCCUGCUACAACACGUGCUACUCCUAGACCAUCUACUCGUGCUCCAGUGACUACACCACGUGCUACUCCUAAGCCUACUACUCGCGCUCCCGUUACUACUCCUAAGCCUUUCGUGCCCUCAACUUACUUGCCACCCACCAACAAACCUCAAACUCCAGCUACAACUCGCGCUACUCCAAGACCAACUACUCGUAAGCCAGUGACUACACCACGUGCUACUCCUAAGCCUACUACUCGCGCUCCCGUUACUACUCCUAAGCCAUUUGUGCCCUCAACUUACUUGCCACCCACCAACAAACCUCAAACUCCAGCUACAACUCGUGCUACUCCCAGACCAACUACUCGUAAGCCAGUGACUACACCACGUGCUACUCCUAAGCCUACCACUCGUGCUCCAGUCACCACACCCAAGCCAACAACUCGUGUGCCUGCUACUUACUUGCCACCCACCAACAAACCUCAAACUCCAGCUACUACCCGUGCUACACCCAGACCAACUACUCGUGCUCCCGUUACAACUCCCCGUGCCACACCUAAGCCCACUACUCGUGCUCCAGUAACUACUCCAAGACCUACACAGCGCAGCACUCCUGGUCCUACCUACUUGCCACCUGUAGCUGAUUUAACUACUCGCGCUACUCCAAAACCAAUUACCCGUGCUCCAGUGACUACACCACGUGCUCCAGUUACCACCCGCAAGCCAACAACUCGUGUGCCCGCAACUUACUUGCCACCCACCAACAAACCACAAACUCCAGCUACUACACGCGCUACUCCCAGACCAACUACUCGUAAGCCAGUGACUACACCACGUGCUACUCCUAAGCCAACCACUCGUGCUCCAGUUACCACACCCAAGCCAACAACUCGUGUGCCUGCAACUUACUUGCCACCCACCAACAAACCUCAAACUCCAGCUACUACUCGUGCUACACCAAAACCCACUACCCGUGCCCCAGUGACAACUCGUGCCACACCUAGAACUACUAAACCAACUUUCGUGCCUUCAACUUACUUGCCACCCACCAACAAACCUCAAACUCCUGCUACUACUCGUGCUACACCUAGACCAACUACUCGUGCUCCCGUUACAACUCCCCGUGUGAUCACCACUCGUGCCACACCUAAGCCCACUACACGUGCUCCAUUCACUACACCCAGACCAGUUGUAACCACUCAAAGACCAACAGUUGCUCGCACUCCAGGCAGUACCGCUGGACCCACUUACUUGCCUCCCACCAAUAAACCUCAAACACCAGCUACUACUCGCGCCACACCAAAACCCACCACACGUGCACCAGUAACCACACGUAAGCCAACAACUCGUGCUCCAGUCACCACACCCAGACCAACAACUCGUGUGCCCGCAACUUACUUGCCACCCACCAACAAACCUCAAACUCCAGCAACUACCCGUGCUACUCCCAGACCCACUACUCGUGCUCCAGUCACUACACCCAGACCAACAACUCGUGUGCCUGCUACUUACUUGCCACCCACCAACAAACCUCAAACUCCAGCUACCACUCGUGCCACACAAAAACCUACAACCCGUGCACCAGUCACAACUCGUGCCACUACUCGUGCCACUCCGAAGCCUACCACACGCCCACCCUUUGUUCCCUCGACAUACUUACCACCCACUAACAAACCUCAAACACCAGCUACUACUCGCGCUACUCCAAAACCUACUACACAUGCACCAGUAACCACACGUAAGCCAACUACUCGUGCUCCAGUCACUACACCCAGACCAACCACUCGUGUGCCCGCUACUUACUUGCCACCCACCAACAAACCUCAAACUCCUGCCACUACCCGUGCUACUCCCAGACCUACUACUCGUGCUCCAGUAACCACACCCAGACCAACAACUCGUGUGCCUGCUACUUACUUGCCACCCACCAACAAACCUCAAACUCCAGCAACUACCCGUGCUACUCCCAGACCCACUACUCGUGCACCAGUAACCACACCACGUGCUACUCCUAAGCCCACCACUCGUGCUCCAGUCACUACACCCAGACCCACAACACGUGUGCCAGCCACAUACUUGCCACCCACCAACAGACCUCAACCUCCAGUAACAACCCGUGCCACACCCAAACCCACCACACCAAAACCCGUUACCCGUGCCCCACCUACUGAGAAAUUCGAUGGUUACAAGUAUCCCAAACCAGCCGUUCCCUUCAAUUUCUAACUCUAGUUCAGCUAUUGUGAAUACUGGUGAUAAUUCGUUACUAAGAAUAAAAACCAUCACUGCCCUCUUUUUGUAAUUUAGCCAAGUUUUAUUAAUUUUAAUUUUAAACAAAAGAACGAGUAAAAAAACGCAAGAGAAUUAAGAGUUAAAGAAGAAUCAUUUAAGUAAUUAGUAGUUGUCUAGGGCUAGAUGUAUCUAGUCAGUUUUUUUUUAUAUAUGAAAAGGAGAUAAAACAAAACUCUUUAUAAAGUUGAUGAGAGUUUAAAAAGAAUCGAAUGCAAAACAAUGCAAUAAGAAUUUCUUUUUAUAGAACUAUAAUUAUUAAAAACCAAAUGCAUUCUUAGGCGAAUGAAUGAAGGAGUGCAUUUGAAUAAUUUAAACUUUUUUUUUUAUUUUCUACAUUUGAAAUUAUGUUGUUAGCCAGAGAAGAAGUACUUAUAAUAAAGAAAAAAAUUAAUACGAACAAAUUGAAAAAAAUUUUCUUGCAUUAUUACAAUUGUUUCCCAAUUCCCUGUCUUUUUUUUACCAAUUAUUUAUAAGUAAUUAAUUAAUUAAUAAUGUGUAAUUUGAAGAUUGUUUUUUUUUUAUUUUUACAUUUUUAAUUUAAAAAUAAUGAAUCUGAAUACUAUAAUGUACCUUGUAUGUACAAUGAUAGAUUUUUUUCUUUUUAUGAAUAAAAAAUUUAUUUUGUUGCAAAAUUUUAAGAAAAAUAAUAAAAAAAUAAUAAAAAUAAA